GACAUUGCUAAUUAUAAUUGUAAAACUACUUUGCAAGUCCCAGCUUACGCGUUUGAUCAUUCAUGGACACUGGGAUUUCGGUGACAACAACAACUCAGGUUUCAUCUGUCAAAUCAAUUUUCCGGCAAACAGCGUGCAACGAUGAUCCGUUCUGGAAAUUCGUUCGAUCCACUUAACAACGGUUUUAUUGCCGUUUAUACUCUGGCCGCUGGCGAGAUUGCAGACCCAGCCGUGAAUAAUAUGUACCGUACUUUUGGAUUUGAAAUCCUUAGGGCAAUACUUUCUGUUCGACGACGGCGACAACAUAUGGGCGACAGAUGCUUGUAUGGGGCAUACGGAUUGGCUGAAAAUCUCAGAAAUUGCUAUUGUAAACAAUAUAGAUUUGGUUGCAAUCCUUCACGCAUGCAGUUUGGAAAGGUCGCAAACGGUUUGAUAUUAAAUUUCUUAUGAAGUCCGUAAAUGCAAUUGAACGCAAGUCAUCUGGCAGUAACUGCUACGAUAGACAUACUUGACAAUAAACAUUUUUAUAGUAGUCAUUUAUUCACGUAUAAAUUAAAUUAUGUUUAACAAACAUUUUUUAUUUAUACACUAUUUUUGUUUGUCCAACUUGUUGUUGUGAUCUCAAUAAUUUUAAAACUGGUACUGCUCGAAUCAUGGCCGAAAUACAUCAAUGAUUGAUUCUUAUUGUAGAUCAACUAAUUAUGCGAAAUGAUUUUUUAGGACUCAUUUUUUACCUGCUAGACAGCUAAUAGCGGUACGUUCAAUUCUUAGAUGUAGUUACAUAUUUAAUAAUCUUCUUUCCGCGUGUAACAUGGAUAAUAAUGCACAUAUUCAGUUUAUCGUUUUUCCUUUGUUUUCUUUUCCUUUUAUAUGUAUGUGAAGUAUACAAUCAGCAUCGCACGUUACAAAUUGAAUACACGAUUGACAAAGAUUGAUGUUUGUCUUACUUGGCUAUACAAUAAAGAAUGUAAUGUAUUCUCGAAAUUCAGCAAAAUAUACCGGUAAAACCAAGUUGCAAAGUUUCGAACUCAAAAAUUUACAUUUGCACGUACUCCAUUGACGAUUUGUUCGCUCAUUUGGAUUCAGUGAUAUCUAACAACAAAGAAAGGUGAUAAAAAAAUUGCAACUUACUUAAAACAUGUCAGCGAAAUUAUGAUUUGUAUUACGAAAAACGAAUGAAAAUUUUCUAAUUCAAAUAUAAGUAAAAUUUUAACGCUUUCCAUUAUUAUAGGUGAGAGUUCUUGAUGGGGCUUUGAAGGUUGAAGCAGAUUGUUGUUGAAUCUGAUAUG